AGUUCCGAGGGAGAAUGGCCCGGACCAAGCAGACAGCGCGUAAAUCGACCGGAGGGAAAGCUCCUCGCAAACAGUUGGCGACCAAAGCGGCGCGGAAGAGCGCUCCAGCCACCGGCGGAGUGAAGAAGCCUCAUCGCUACCGGCCCGGCACCGUGGCUCUGCGGGAGAUCCGGCGCUACCAGAAAUCCACCGAGCUGCUCAUCCGCAAACUUCCCUUCCAGCGCCUGGUGCGGGAGAUCGCUCAGGACUUCAAAACCGAUCUGCGUUUCCAGAGCUCGGCCGUCAUGGCCCUGCAGGAGGCUAGCGAGGCUUACCUGGUCGGGCUGUUUGAGGACACUAACCUGUGCGCCAUCCACGCCAAGCGAGUCACCAUCAUGCCCAAGGACAUCCAGUUGGCCCGCCGCAUCCGCGGGGAGCGCGCCUAAACCCGGCCUCCACAACAAACACAAGAAAAGGCUCUUUUAAGAGCCACUACCACAGCAAAGGAAAAGGUUGUCGCUUGCUGAUCAUCGUAUUAUUGUAGUGGCGAUCUGCCCUCCAGAUGGGGUUGUUCGGUUUUACACUGACUGACCGCGAUCAUUAGCUGUUCUGUGCCGACAGGUUAAUUCAGCGAGGGACAGGAGAUGAACGCGCUCCCUCCCCGUCAGGGUCUCACCUGGCCCUUCACUUCUCCCACAAACCUGCCAUGAACAGCUGCUGCGGUUGUUCCGUUUUGUUUACUUUGGACAUGUCCGGCUGUCCUUGGAGUGGGAGCAUGCGGUCGCGAUGGGUACAGUGGGGGAUUUCCGAGAGCGGUAAUUGUAUAUUUUUGAUUUUAUUCUUGUAAAUGUUGUGUAAAUAAACU